AUGAAGAAAGUCCACAUCCAGCCACUUCACAAACUGGCCAUAUUCAUAUGGCUGAUGUUCAGUCAAUUAAGGAUGUUCACCGACGCCGAGAGGGAUAACAUCCAUCAGCUGGUGAGAUGUCAGAUAGCCCGCUUCAGAGAGGAGAGGGUGGCGGCGCAAGGGGCUGAUCAACCAGCCGCGGUGGGCACAGCUGUGCCUGCACCUGUUGCUGCGGGCCACGCAGCAAAGAAGAGAGUGCUGGCUGAGUUUGAGGAAGAGUGGGAAAACAUUGUGGAGCAGGAGGAGGAUAACGAUGAAGUACAACAUUACCUGCGCCUCAAUCCCAACAUGGAAGGUGAUGGAAGAGAUGUGCUGCGCUGGUGGAAACAACACGAGACCAUGCUACUUCCUAAAAGUACUUGCGGGGCCUCCCUUCGAACCUCUGGACUAUGUUUGGUUCUGCUGAGAAAGUGGAUUGCAGGUGGAGUAUGCCGCUGUCCUGUGCGAUUGGGUGGGAAGACAAUUGUCAUUACUGGCGCCAACACAGGGAUCGGAAAAGAGGCCGCACGUGACUUGGCCAUGAGAGGGGCUCGGGUUGUGAUGGCUUGUCGAGAUCUUUCAAGAGCAGAAAAGGCUGCAGCAGAGAUUCGCAGGUCUACAGGUAAUGGCAAUAUAGUAGUUCGGCACUUAGACCUGGCAUCUCUGUUCUCCGUACGUCAGUUUGCUCAUUAAUACACUGCCAGAGAUCGACUGGAUAUACUUAUUAACAAUGCAGGAUUAUUGAUGUGCCCAAAAAGCCUUACGGAGGAUGGCUAUGAAACCCAGUUCAUGGUCAAUCAUUUGGGCCAUUUCCUCCUGACUGUUCUGCUCCUGGACAUGCUGAAGAACUCUACUCCUAGUCGAGUUGUAAAUGUGUCCAGCAUUGCUCACAAUGACAGUGACUGUAAGCUUAAAGAAUUAGCUCCAGAAGGUAAAGAUGAUCUCGCUGCCCUGAGGUUGUGGAAUGUUAGUGCAAAGCUUGUGGGCAACAGCGAAGAGGACUGA